GAAUGUGCUGUUGUGGAUUCCCCUGGGCCAGCCUUCUUUUCUUCUCCCCAAUCCCACUCUUUGCUUGCUCACUCAGGUACGACUCUCAAUCAUCUGGCGAACGAGUGACGAUCAUACCCGUUCCUCGGCAAGCGCUCUACCACUUUCCAAUCGCCACUUUACACCGCAACACGUCUCGCCUUUGAGCUUUCAGCUUCGACUGCUGUCUAUCUUCUAGUUCACUGGAAUAACACGAUAGAAAUAGUGACGCUGCUAUUUGCAUUUGAGAAGAAGAGAUUCCUUGACCUACCUUGCCAGAAAACGGCGCGUCAUUCUCUCGGCUCCCGCUGCCCCACGCUCCACGCUUGACGGCUUUUCUCGACGCCCCGACCGAACAACAUACAUACCACUCCCCUUCGUCCACCUCAACCACAACACAUAUCUGUACUCUUGAGCCAUCAAUACCGUCGCCAUGGCAGAAUUCGUACGUGCGCAGAUCUUCGGAACUACUUUCGAGAUCACUAGCCGCUACACCGAACUAGCCCCAGUAGGAAUGGGAGCCUUUGGACUCGUCUGUUCAGCCAAGGAUCAGCUCACAAGCCAGGCUGUUGCUGUCAAGAAGAUCAUGAAGCCUUUCAGCACACCCGUCCUCUCCAAGCGUACUUACCGCGAGUUGAAGCUUCUGAAGCAUCUGAGGCAUGAGAAUGUCAUCAGUCUCAGCGACAUCUUCAUUUCUCCCCUCGAGGACAUCUACUUCGUCACCGAGCUCCUGGGUACUGACCUUCACCGUCUGCUCACCUCAAGACCUCUCGAGAAGCAGUUCAUCCAAUACUUCCUUUACCAAAUUCUGAGAGGUCUGAAAUACGUUCACUCCGCCGGCGUCGUCCAUCGUGACUUGAAGCCCAGCAACAUCCUGGUCAACGAGAACUGCGAUUUGAAGAUUUGCGACUUCGGUCUUGCGCGUAUUCAGGACCCUCAAAUGACUGGUUACGUUUCAACGAGAUACUACAGAGCCCCCGAGAUCAUGCUCACCUGGCAAAAGUACGACGUCGAAGUUGAUAUCUGGAGUGUUGGCUGUAUCUUCGCCGAGAUGCUCGAGGGCAAGCCCUUAUUCCCCGGCAAGGAUCACGUCAACCAGUUCUCUAUUAUCACCGAAUUGCUCGGAACUCCUCCAGAUGAUGUCAUUCAGACCAUCUGCAGCGAGAAUACCCUCAGAUUCGUUCAGUCCCUUCCCAAGCGUGAGCGUCAACCCCUGACCAAGAAGUUCAAGAACGCCGACCCUCAAGCAAUUGAGCUGCUUGAGCGUAUGCUAGUCUUCGAUCCUCGCACACGUAUCAGAGCCGGCGAGGCUCUGGCUGACCCUUACCUUGCCCCUUACCACGAUCCUACCGACGAGCCUGAGGCCGAGGAGAAAUUCGACUGGUCUUUCAACGAUGCCGACCUCCCCGUUGAUACCUGGAAGAUCAUGAUGUACUCCGAAAUUCUGGAUUACCACAACGUGGAUGCUCAACAUGGCGAAGAAGCCGGUGUUUCUCAAUAGGGCGAUGGCAGGCGUGCAUGAUUUAGCAUACCGCGACGAUGCAGAAAGAGCAGACGCACACAGCGUAAUACCAAGGAUAUGCAAGCUUGGGUUCGCAACGAUGGAACUGGGUUAUUGUUUUGAUUUAAGAGCGCUGUCGCAACCCUUCAAUUCAAGGAUACACAAGACGACGGCGCAAUGCACCAUCCAACCCGGCUCAGAAAUCGCUUCGGUCACCGCACAUCCACAAGUAUGACGAUGGAGUGAAUGUGGACUUGGCUCGAUGCGCAUGAAGCACCGCGUUGGUAUGAGGAAGACGAAGAAGCAUGUCUGAGGAGCUCUGGGAACCAUCAUAGAAAGAAACAGGCAAACCGACAGAGCGAGGUGUCAUAGCGUAAUAAGAAACAGAUUAUCUUGUAAAUAUGGAUCGCUGGUUCAAUUAAGCAUUAUAAUGUGCCAAG